AUGGACGAAUACCUAUCCACCCUCACUGUGAGCCGCAUGCUCACGCCCCACUCGGCCAUUGUCACCCCGCAGAGCAGCCUGGACAAGUACAUUCUCCGUUGUCUCCCCGCGUCUUCCCUGGACCCUGAGGUUCUCAAGAAUGUGAUGUCGGACGUGGGGUUUGUUAUCCGGGAAAAGUGCCAUUGGAUGGUUCAGUGCUUUGUGGAAAAGCUUGUCGACGAUGACACGCGGAUGGAUCUGAGCACGGACAGCCGCAACUAUUACGUCCUCACCGAGUGUUAUGCCUCUGACUCUCUUCAGGCCCUUGUUGUCACGAGAGACAGAGUCAAAAAGCCCUUUACUGAGGACGAGAUAAUACAGACCCUCUUACAGCUCAUUAUGCCCGUUGAGUUCCUUAUGAAGAUUGGGUGGCGUGACAAAAGCUUCUUUAAGCACGUCCUCCACCCUAAUCGUCUCCGUGUGAGCAACAACGGCUUGAUAUCCCUCGAUAUCUGCCAUGCCAUUGUGUCCAGCAAGAUCGUCCUCGAACAGUUUCGUGACGAACAAUCUUACAUGCCACCUGAGGCCAUCUUCAGCAACGCUUCUACAUAUGACGAGAGAAGUUUCAUCUGGACAAUAGGCUUUAUUCUCUUUAAUAUGAUGUGCUCCGGAUACUCCUACGGGGAGAUCAACUUCAGGGACGUGACUCACAAACCAGAUUAUGAAGGUGACACAGAUGAUGAAGGUAACGAAAAGUCUGAGAAAGAACGCAUAGAAGGCAUGGACAUGUAUCUCUAUGUUAGCAAACGAUUGAAUACAGAGCUUUCGAGGUACUACUCCAGGCAGCUGAGGGAGAUAAUAAAGACGAUGCUUUCUGCAUACUACGGUGAAAGGCCCACCAUUCUGAACAUCUACGCCCGCCCCUUCAUCUUUUCACACAUCAUGGACGUAUACAAAAUGAGGGGCGAGUUCUCUGUCGAAGGAGGGACGCCUCUGAUGGUUGCAGCACGCAUCGGAGACAUGCACUACAUUACCCAGUGUGCCUCGCAGUUUCACAUCCAGGACACCAAGGGAAGGACUGCUCUUAUGUUUGCAGCUGCCAAUGGGUGUGCGCAGGCCUGCGACUAUCUCAUCCCGCACGAGUCCAGUCAACGGGACUAUAAAAAGUGGACAGCGCUUAUGUAUGCCGCUGCAAAUGGGCAUGUCAACUGCGCCAAGCUCCUUUAUAUGCACGAAAACGGUCUUUGCAAUGUCGACAAUGAUACCGCGCUGAUUAUUGCUACCGAGCGGAACCAUGUGGAGAUAGUUGAUUUUCUGGCUCCAUUCGAGUCUGGAAGGGAGCGACAAAACGGGGAAAGCGCUUUGGUUGUCGCGGCAUGGCACUGCUAUCCGCGAUGCGUUGCCCUACUCAUGCAUACCGAAGCUCCCCGCUAUGCGGAGAGGGCGCUCAAGGCCGUCACAGACCCUCUAUGCAUAGGGUCCGAGGCCAAGAAGCAGGUUAUUAUAGCAAUGCUCACGGACUAUCUCGGCGCGAAGGUCCUGCCCCUUAAGUAUAUCAGUGAGCCGCGCGAAGAGUUCCUCACAGAGAACAUAGGGUUACUAGCGCAGACAAAUUCGUUACACAUACUCUAA